CACAGUCGGUGCGGACACAUCGUGACGGUCGGCUCAGGGACAGCAGGACAGCACCGACAGCGCCAUGGCAGCCGCGAGUGCCGGCACAGGGUCCCGAUCCCUCCGUGCCGGGGGCUCCUCCCGGGGGUCCCUCCUCGCCCACCGUCGGCAGCUUCACCCGCCGGGAUUUCAGUCCGUCCGCCGGUGUCUCCCCCACACCCCGCAGAAUGUCCAGCUCCUCCCGCUGACCCCCGGCUCCUCUGUCCCGACAGCCCCGCGGCCGAUCCCGGCAGAGCGCCCAGAGCUCCUGCCAGGAUCAGUCGGUGUCCAGGGAGCGCCACGUGGGGGGUUCGGGUCCCAAACUUUUUUUUUUCUGCAGGUCACGGGCUCCAGCAACCCUGUCGUGAUCUCUCAGGGUGUGCCAAAACGUCCUCGAGAGCUGCUCUCCUUCAAACCCAGGCUCAAGUCCAUCCAACUCAUAACCAAGGACCUGAUCCGGGACCUCAUCAUUCCCCAGGAGAAGCCUCAACCAUGUCUCAUCAUUGGAGAAAAGGAAUAUGAGAGGAUCAAGGAAUCAGCUCGAGCCCCAACAGACGUGGAGCGCUGGGACAGGCUGAAGACCCUGAAAACCAGACAGGAUGCUGCUUUUGAAGCCCUGAAAAAGGCCCAGAUGGAGGAGCAGAGAAAGGCAGAACUGGAGGACAAGAGGGACCAUCAGAGAGACGUGGAGGAGGAGCUGCAGCAGGAGGAGCAGACACUGGUGCAGCGGGCGAUGAGGAUGAGGCUGGAGCAGGAGGAAGAGAUGCGAGAACUGAACACGCUGUUCCUCAAUGCCAAGUGCAACAUGAUCCUGGACAAGCAAGUCCUGGAGAAGCGGAUGAUCCACAAGGAACUGGAGGAGGAGGAGAAGCGCCUGGACAAGAUGUUGGAAAUGGAGCGGGAGAAGGGCAUGGAGGUGCAGGAGGAGCUGGAGCGCUGCAGGAAGCGGGAGCUGAUCAGAGCCAGGCAGGACAUUGUGAAGCAGAUGGAGCAGAAUGCAGAGCAGCGAGCACUGAGGGCCAAGGAGCUGUACCAGGAAGGCCAGAGGCAGCUGGAGCACCUGGAGCAGAUGAAGAGGGAGGAUCGGAAGGCCUGGGAGCAAAAACAGGAACAGAAAAGGAAAAUCUUUGCUGAAAUUCGACGUUUCAAUGUGGAGAGCCAGAGGCUGAAGGAUAAAGAGCGGGAGAAGGAGAGGCUGGAGGACAAGCGGGUGCUGGAGCAUCAGCGGCAGAAGGCUGAGCGUGAGGCUGCUUUGGAGGCAGAGCAGGAACAACAGCGCCUGGAGAAGGAGAAGGAGCUGGCCCGGCUCAGGGCCAUGCAGAAGCAGGCCCAGGACUGGCAGGCAGAGCAGGAUGCUCUGAGAGCCAAGAGGAACCAAGAGGUUGCAGACCGGGAAUGGCGGCGGCAGGAGAUGGAGAAGACACAGAGGAAGGCUAAGAUGGAGCAGCAGCUGAGGCAGGACCGGCUGGAGCAGGUGGCCCAGAAGGAAAAGCACUUGGCCAUGCAGAUGGAGCAGGACCGCCAGGAAUUCCAGAGGGUGCUCAGGGCCCACCAGGAGCAGCUGGAGCGGGAGAAGCUGCAGUGGGAACAGAGGGAGCUCCAGCAGCACGCCCAUGCUGAAGAUCUGCGGCGGCAGAUCCAGGAGCUCCGGCAUCAGCGGCAGCGUGAGCGGGCAGCCGUCUUUGAGGAGGGCUGGCAGCAGGAGCAGGAGGUCCAGCAGCGCAGGCAGCACCUCGCCCAGCUCAGGCAGCAGAAGUUGCAGGAGUUCAGAGCCACUGGAAUUCCUGACAAAUAUUGUGCCCAGGUGGAGCGCAGGGCCCGGAGCCAAGCCAGAGCAGCCCCUUCCUAA